AUGGAAGAACUGACCGCUUUUGUGUCCAAAUCUUUCGACCAGAAAAGCAAGGAGGCCGGUGGCGGAGGAGGAGGAGGAGGAGGUGGAGGAGGAGGAGGAGGAGGGGGUGGAGGAGGUAAAAAGGAGACUAUCACCUACCGGGAAGUUUUGGAGAGUGGCUUGUGUCGAGGUCGGGAGCUGGGGGGCCCGGACGCCGACCUCCCGGAUCUCCCCGAGAGCCAUCUGUUCAAGGAUCCCGGCGAUGGGGACAAGGACAAAGUCAAGGACUUCGGGCCGGCCAGGGUGGCCGAAGGCCUGUACGAGUGCAAGGAGAAGAGGGAGGAUGUCAAGUCGGAGGACGAGGAUGGCCAGACCAAACUGAAGCAGCGGAGGAGCAGAACCAACUUCACACUGGAACAGCUCAACGAGUUGGAGCGACUGUUUGACGAGACCCAUUAUCCCGACGCCUUCAUGCGGGAGGAACUCAGCCAGAGGCUGGGCCUUUCCGAAGCCAGGGUGCAGGUCUGGUUCCAAAACCGGAGAGCCAAGUGCCGGAAACAGGAGAACCAGAUGCACAAAGGGGUGAUCCUGGGCACCGCCAGCCACCUGGACGCCUGCAGGGUGGCCCCCUACGUCAACAUGGGCGCGCUCCGGAUGCCUUUCCAACAGGUGCAGGCGCAGCUGCAGCUGGAGGGCGUUCCCGGCGGGGCGCUGGGCGGGGCCCUGGGCGGGGUGCUGGGCGGGGCCCUGUCCGCGCACGCGCCCUACCUCAUGUUCCCGCCGCCGCCCUUCGGGCUCCCGCUGGCCUCCCUGGCCGAGUCCGCCUCGGCCGCCGCCGUGGUGGCCGCCGCAGCCGCCGCCGCCGCCGCCGCCGCCGCCAAGAGCAACAGCAAGAGCUCCAGCAUCGCCGACCUCAGGCUCAAGGCCCGCAAGCACGCCGAGGCCCUCGGCCUCUGA